AUGAGCACAUCCUGUCUUUCUCCAAUGGAAGAGCAGAGUGAGGCCUUCUCAGAUGCUCUGCUGCAGAUUAAGGAUGUGGAUGAAGAUGAUGCUGACAAUCCCAUGCUGUGUAGCGAUUAUGUGAAGGAUAUCUACUGUUACCUGAGAGACCUGGAGGCUGAACGUGCAGUCAGGCCAGACUACCUCAAAGGUCAAGAGAUAACUGGGAAUAUGAGGGCAAUUCUUGUUGACUGGCUGGUGCAAGUUCACAUGCGGUUCAAACUGCUUCAGGAGACUAUGUUCAUGACAGUCUCCAUUUUGGACAGAUUUUUACAGGUAAACCCUGUGCCAAAGAAGCUACUGCAGCUUGCUGGUGUGACUGCUAUGUUCAUUGCAUCUAAAUAUGAAGAGAUCUAUUGUCCCACAAUUGGAGAUUUCUCAUUUGUUACUGAUCACACCUAUACAAAAUCGCAGAUCAGAAACAUGGAAAUGCAGAUUCUAAGUGUUCUGAAUUUUGAUAUUGGAAAGCCUUUACCACUUCACUUUCUAAGGAGGGCAUCAAAGAUUGGAGAGGUAGAAGCUGCUUUGCAUACCCUGGCAAAGUAUCUAAUAGAACUGGCUAUGUUGGACUAUGACAUGGUGCAUUUCCCACCUUCACAAGUAGCAGCUGCAGCCUUUUGCUUGUCCCAGAAGGCUUUAGAUGGAGGAGAAUGGACUCCAACUCUACAGCACUAUAUGACCUACAGUGAGGGCAGUCUCAUCCCAGCCAUGCAGCACUUGGCAAAGAAUGUCCUGAAGGUCAACAAAGGGCUCACAAAGUUUAUGGCGGUCAGAGACAAAUAUGCCAGGAGCCAGCAAAUGAGGAUCAGCUGUCUACCCCAACUCAAUUCAGAAUUUAUGGUGAAACUUGCCAAAAAUGUAUGA